AUGUUGUUCAGCAACAACAACAAUAACGGUAAUGGCGAUGCCACGAUGAACGCGGACGACUUAACCACGGAUGUAACCACUCUGAACACGAUCGUUAAAUUGCAAGAUUGCAUCCAGCAUUCUAUACUGCAGCUGAAUUACGAGACAGCGGUUUUUUUGUCUGAAUUACUGUUCGCUGAGUGUUGUCCUCUGGAGAAGAACCACAUACAUCGUUUGGACUCUGUUUAUCUUUACUCGUUGUCGCUAUAUUUGCAGGGUGAACAUAGUACAGCGAUGAGAAUAAGUAAUGAUUUCAAAGAAUCGAAUCACAUGGGAAUCGGGUACAUCUAUGCGAGAUGCUGCCUAGAGCUAGAUACUGAUUUACAGGACGCCGUUGAUGUGCUACUCAGCAUUCUGAAUAAAAAAGCAGUGAGUUCGAGUAGUAACUUAAUCAGCAUGCCAACGGUGGCGACAAUCAAUUGUCUUCUGGGAAAGCUGAAUUUUAAACUCGAAAGGACACCGGAAAGUGCUCUGUUUCACUCUAACGCUCUAAAAGCGGAUCCCUAUCUUUGGGAGGCUUAUACUUCUCUAUGUGCGAUGAGAGCAACCAUCGACUUGAAGCGGCUUUACUCUUUGAUGACGAAACAGACCCAGCCAACAGGUCCCAGGUUCAGAACGAGGUUCAACGUUUCAAAACCGUACAAUCCUGCAGCAACGCCCUACAAGAGCUACAACCAAUUAUCCGCGGGAUCAUCUUCAUCUUCAUCAAUCAAUCUGAACACCGUGCCGAAGCAGAAUUCCCAGCAGCAGCCCAGUCACCUACCUCCUCACCACACAUCCAUUAAGUGUCAACCUACCGGUUCAACGCUAAAUAAGGCCAAUGUAAUUGUUUCAACGAGCGCUUUUUCCUCACCACCGCCGACAAAGCAACCCGCGGUGAAACCCACCAACAGAUCGAAGCUGUUGACGACACCGCCAUCAAAACUUCUGCACACAGCUAACUUCAAGACCCCAAGAACAAACACCCUUUCGCGGAGCACUGGUCACAAACGUGCUGAGGCUAUACCAUCAGCGACCUACAGAUCAGAAAAGGAUGGUAUUACUUCCGCGGCCUUGCCUGUCCUUUCGUCCUCAACCUACUCCUUACCUGAUCUCAUCCUAACUUUUGCGCGAAUAUUGAAGGCCUCAUCUCAGUACGACUCCUACAAGGCCAUAAGGAUUUUGGAGAAUCGGUUGCCCGCUCAUAUAAAGGAUGAGAUGCCUUGGUGUCAAGCCCAACUAGGCAAACUACACUUCGAAAUCUUGAACUAUGAUGAGUCCCUUAAUCAUUUCACCCAGCUGAGAAAGUUGCAACCAACGAGAUCCAAAGACAUUGAAAUUUUCUCUACUUUGCUUUGGCACUUGCAAGACAGUGUUAGACUGGCACAUCUAUCGAGUGAGCUUAUUGAGAUGUUGCCGAAUAAACCAGAGACAUGGUGUUGCGUAGGGAACUUUUACUCCCUUCAAAGAAACCAUGAAGGUGCCAUUAAGUAUUUUGAGAAAGCGACCAAGUUAGAUUACAAUUUCGCAUAUGCUCACACUUUGCAAGGGCAUGAGCAUUCAUCCAAUGACUCAAUAGAUACGGCAAAAAACUGCUAUCGAAGAGCGCUUGCUUGUGAUCCACAGCAUUACAAUGCUUAUUAUGGGUUGGGGAUGUGUUGCAUGAAAUUAGGUCAGUAUGAUCGGGCUCUGUUAUUUUUCGAGAAGGCUCGAAAUAUUAAUCCCGUCAAUGUAAUUUUGAUCUGCUGUUGUGGUGUGGCACUUGAAAAGCUAUCGUAUCAAGAAAAAGCCCUGCAGUACUAUGAAUUGGCUUGUGACCUACAGCCGAGCUCAUCGCUGGCGAAAUUUAAGAAAGCUCACCUGUUGUACUCUAUGGCCCGAUAUAGUGCAGCGCUGGAGAAUUUUGAGGAGCUAUCAAAACUAGCCCCCGAUGAGGCUACAGUACAUUUCCUUUUAGGUCAAUUGUACCAGGUUAUGGGAAGAAAGAAGGAUGCGGUGAAAGAAUUUACAGUUGCGAUGAAUUUGGAUCCAAAAGGUAAUCCGCUGAUUAUCGAUGCCCUGGAAAAGUGUCAUUCUAUUGAAUGA